AUGGAUGUUGAUUCCAAUGGAGUCACCCAUGAGAAUAACAAUAAUGUUAAACCGGUGGUUGAUGACGAGUCACCCGCCGUAGCCGACCCCGUGGUGGAUGACGACGGAGACGUGAACAUGGGCAGCCGACCGGAGUCGCAGGACCAGGAACCGGCCGCGCCAACCUUCACGCUGACCACUGGACACAGCGUUGGCGUCCAGAUCACCCCCGCCAAGGCCGCCGACCUUAGCCCCGACACCGCCGUUCUGGAUGUGGCGGGUGAUGCCCACGUGACCCGCUCGCUGUGGCGCCCCGGCGACCCGACGGUUGUCGUUGCCGCCGGCGACUCGUUCUGUAGUUUAUGGAAGAUGUCGUCGACUGCCGCUCCGGUGCAGGAGAAGCUCGUCGAGAGCAAGGGCGAUAACACUUGCGUGUCGGCGGUAGCCUGGGACCCGAUGGGCCAGAAAUUGGCCGUCGCCACCUACAACGACAUGAGAGGGUCCAUCACCAUGUAUGAUGUGGCCGGGAACGCCGUCGAUCUCUUACCCGAAGUGCCUCGCAUGAUUACUGGACUUCAUUGGGCCGAAAGCGGCUCUCAUUUGAUCGUUGUGGCAUCCGAUAGUAAAGUCUCCGAGCUGGCUCUCUGGGAUGAUUCACUGCGUCCGGAUGAGUUCCCUUCUCCGCAGAUAAUCGACGGAUCGGUGUAUGAUCUCAGCUGGGUGGGCCGUUCCCAGGCCUACGGGUGUGGGAAUGGAGUCGUCUAUCAAUGUGAUGUUGACACCAGCAUAAAAAUUGCCAAGACAUACACAUCUGAGGAUUCUAGCAGACCCUGGACCUUCAUUAGUUGCGCAGCCGCCGGCGCCGCAUCCGUGGCGGUGGCCGCUUCAUCCUGCGACGCUGCAUUCUGGGUUCCAACCCACGAUAUGCACCUGGAUCAGGUACACGAUGGCGACAUCACGUCGAUCGAACUGAAACCUAACGCAUCCAAUCCAUCCCAACAAAAUCAGCCGCUAGUCCUUGCGUCCGCCUCUACGGACGACACCGUCAAGAUCUGGCAUAUCGACUUGGAAUCAAAGCGCUUCGAGUGUGUUCACCGACUGGUCUUAGGGGCUAGCUCCCCCGCCCUUGCUAGUGGCUUCUCCCCUGAUGGGUACGCCCUCGCCGCCGCCAGCAAAGAUCAAUUAUUCAUCUGGAACGCCCAGCGUGGUGGUACUCCAUUAGCAACUUGGACGAUCCCAGGCUCUCAAGAAACCAAGAAGGAAGAAGAGCACAGUCCAGUUACGAAUGGGCAUAAUGGGAGUGCAGACUCUGCUCCAGAUCGAUCUCUCGCAUGGGACACCGACAGCAAACGGCUCGCGUUUGGUUUUGGCAAACAGAUGGCGAUCAUCAACCUUCAGCGCUGA